CAUUCAAAUUAAAUUAAACUUGACGAAAGAAACAAAAUUGUUCUGUAUCAUUCCCUUCUUCGUGCUCUCGUCUCGAUACCAGAGCCAGAGCCAGAGCCAGAGCCAGAGCGAUCGUGAUAGGGCAGAGCAUGUCUAUGUCAGAUUCUGAUUCCUCCUCUUAUGUCGCCGCCGACUACAAAUAUUUCAAGCAAAUUACCCGCGACCGAUUAUUACAUGAAAUGCUCAGGUCAAUAAAAACAGGGGAUUCCAAAUCAACUUGGAAGGUACUAAUAAUGGACAAACUUACUUUAAAGAUAAUGUCUCACACAUGCAAGAUGGCUGAUCUCAAUGAGGAAGGUAUUUCAUUGGUCGAAGACAUAUACAAACGAAGGCAGCCAUUUCCAACCAUGGAUGCUGUAUAUUUCAUCCAGCCAACCAAAGAGAAUGUAGUUAUGUUUUUGUCAGACAUGUCUGGAAAGGCUCCCUUAUACAGGAAGGCAUUUGUUUUCUUCAGUUCAAUUAUUUCCAGAGAAUUGGUUAUGGAUAUCAAGAGAGAUUCAAGGACGUUGUCUCGAUUAGGUGCAUUGAGAGAGAUGAACUUGGAGUAUUUUGCCAUAGACAGCCAGGGUUUCAUUACAAAUAAUGAAAGAGCUUUAGAAGAGCUAUUUGGGGAUGAAGAGAAUAAUUACAAAGGUGUUGCAUGCUUGAAUUUGAUGGCAAGACGAAUUGCUACAGUGUUUGCUUCAUUAAGAGAAUUUCCUUCUGUUCGCUUUCGUGCUGCCAAGUCCCUAGAUGCAACCACAAUGACUACUUUCCGCGAUCUUAUUCCUACGAAGCUUGCUGCUGGAGUCUGGGACUGUCUUAUGAAAUAUAAGAAAACUAUACCAAAUUUUCCUCAGACAGAGACUUGCGAGUUGCUGAUUCUUGACAGAUCUAUUGAUCAGAUUGCCCCUGUAAUACAUGAAUGGACUUAUGAUGCCAUGUGUCACGAUUUGCUGAAUUUGGAAGGGAAUAAAUACGUUCAUGAAGUUCCUGGCAAGGACGGCGGUCCACCUGAGAGAAAAGAGGUUCUUUUGGAGGAUCAUGAUCCUGUAUGGCUUGAGCUUCGCCAUGCACAUAUUGCAGAUGCUAGUGAACGGCUGCAUGAGAAGAUGACCAACUUUGUUUCAAAGAACAAAGCUGCACAAAUCCAACACGGUUCAAGAAAUAGUGGUGAAAUGUCAACAAGGGACUUACAAAAGAUGGUUCAAGCACUUCCACAAUACAGUGAACAAAUUGGCAAGCUCUCCCUCCAUGUAGAGAUUGCAGGAAAAAUCAACAGAAUCAUUAGGGAGUCAGGACUGCGGGAACUUGGCCAGCUGGAGCAAGAUCUUGUUUUUGGAGAUGCAACAAUGAAAGAUGUGAUCAAAUUUUUUACUACGAAUGAAGACAUAUCCCGUGAAAAUAAAUUGCGCUUGUUAAUGAUUCUUGCUGCAAUUUAUCCUGAGAAAUUUGAGGGAGAAAAGGGUAUGAAUUUAAUGAAGGUAGCAAAAUUGACAGAUGAGGAUAUCUGUGCUGUGGAAAAUUUGAGAAUGCUUGGGGUACAACCAAAUACCAAAAAAAGUUCGACUCGUACUUUUGGUCUGAAGUUUGAUAUGAAUAAGAAAACGCGUGCUGCAAGGAAAGAACGUCCUGGUGAAGAAGAGAAAUGGCAGCUAUCGCGCUUUUAUCCCAUAAUAGAGGAACUCAUUGAAAAACUCACAAAAAAUGAACUGUCAAAGGUAGACUAUCCAUGUUUGAAUGAUCCAAGUCCAAGUUUUCACAGCUCCCCCCUUGCUGGGUCUUUAAAUGAAAAUCAUCAUUCGAUGAGAUCUAGACGCACGCCGACUUGGGCUCGACCACGAGGCUCUGAUGAUGGAUAUUCCAGCGAUUCAGUGCUUAGACAUGCAUCAAGUGAUUUCAAGAAGAUGGGGCGACGAAUUUUUGUAUUUAUCGUCGGUGGAGCAACCAGAUCAGAGCUGAGGGCUUGCCACAAGCUUAGUGGAAAGCUGAGGAGGGAAAUUAUUCUGGGUUCAUCAAGUCUUGAUGAUCCUGCACAAUUUAUCACGAAAUUGAAGACGCUAACUACACAUGAACUUUCAUUAGAUGAUCUCCAGAUAUGAUGAAAUUGGGGAACUCGAAGAUGAGCUUCUGCUUACUUGUAAAAUAUAUUUGUUGUAAUCAUAUAGUUUAAUUGUCUCAUUUUUGCUGAUUCCUUGGACAUUGACAUUCAAGUCCUUGUGAUUCAACCUAGGUACUAAGCAAAGUUAUUUGUAUAGUUUUCACAGAAGCGACAUUAUUUCAAAUAGUGAAGUUAGAAAACUUUGCUGUUA